ACUAAAGAAUAAAUCGGUCCUAAAUCUAGUUCUUGACUUUGACUUGUUAAACCCCUAUAAAAAGUAACUACAUUGUUUACUUCUCAUUCUUCGUUUCCGGCGAAGAUAUGGACCGUUCAACGCCGGAACAUAAUUCAUCCUCCUCCCACAAACGUCUAAGCGUGAGCUUUCUCGUCUCUAUGAUGGUUCUCUGCGCUAGACAUGCGAAUCGGCUCUCGAAGAAACUAAUGCUAAAGUCUAAGAAGCGAACUCACAGCGGCGGAGAGGGUGGAGGAGAAAGAUUCCGAUGGAAUAUGAUAAGCUCUUCUAUGAGUUCUCCUAGGCCGAAAGAGUUGUUCACGGCUUUAAGCAACAAAGCGAUGACGAUGGUCCGCCGGGAAAACACGGCCGAGAAAAAAGCGGUGGCGGUGGAGGAGGAGCACGGCCUUUGGCAGAGAGAGAUAUUGAUGGGAGGCAAAUGUGAGCCGUUGGAUUUCUCGGGUGUGAUUUAUUACGACUGCAACGGACGGCUGUUAAAUGAGGUGCCACCAAGAUCGCCACGUGGCACUCCGUUACCCAGUUACCCGACCCGUUCUUAAGUCGGAUCGCAGUUAAACCUAAUGGAACGAAUGAAUAUUAAGCAACUUC